UAGUGGGGCGGGGCCUCCGGGAGUGUCAGGUGAGAUUGGUGACCUAUUUCUGGAGCUCUAAAGAGUUCAGGACUCGGGGAGCUGGGGGAGACCUCUGUCGACUUCCCAGAAGUCCCCUGAGCUCCGUGGCACGGCCGAUCCCGGGAGCCUCCAGCCCGCAGUCUGUCGCUAGGGCGGGACGCGGUCGGUUGCCUAGGCUCCAGGGGCGGUGGCCGCGCGGCUGCUCCAAUCACCGUCCAGCCGGGAGAUCGUGGACCAUCCCUGGAAAAGUUACUGCGGAUUCCCCAGGCCGGGAGGGCCGGCGAGCCCAGGAACGCAGCCCCGCCGCGACGCGGGUCACAGUCUCCGGAGCGGGCGUCGGAUGCGUCGGGGGCGAGUGCUCAGGGGCCCACGGAACCGAUCCGGACCUAGCCCGCCCGCCCGGCCAUGGCGCCCUCGGGGCUCCUGGUGACCGGUGCCUCCUUCGCAGCCUUCCGGGGGCUGCACUGGGGGCUGCAGCUGCUACCCACGCCGGCAUCUGCGGCUCGGGACCGUUGGAAGUGGCAGAACAUCUGUGUCUCCCUGGUGCACAGCCUGCUCACGGGGCCCGGGGCGCUGCUCGGGUGCGGGUCUUAGAGGUUCGGGAGAGACCUGGAUGAGGGCGAGGGAUGGGAAGCUCACGUUGGAAGACCUGGCGGCACCUUUAAAAUGGAUGCUAAACCUUGAGAGCCUGAGGCUGGGAUGGGUGGACGGGGCGUGCCCUGCAGGAGAAUCCGGUCUGCACGAAGCUGACGGUGGCUCCCCGUCUCCUCUAGGCUGUUGCUAUACCCUCAGAUGGCCGCCGACCCCAUUCAUGGCCACCCGCCCUGGGCCUUGGUGCUGGUGGCUGUAUCUGUGGGUGAGUCUGCAGGGAAGGCUGGGCCAGCUUGGGGGCGGGGAACAGCUUCCAACGGUAAUGGCAAUCCCAGGUGCGCUUCUGUCAGCGUUACUGAGGGAGAGGAAAGCUCUGGGAAAGGUAGGGGCUGGAGAUUUCUCUCCGGCUGUACCCCAGCUGCCGCCCUUCCCCAUAGGUUAUUUCCUGGCUGAUGGAGUUGACAUGCUGCUGAACCAGACCUUGGGCCAGGCCUGGGAUCUUCUCUGUCACCAUUUGGCGGUAGUGAGCUGCCUCGGCACCGCCAUUCUGUCCGACCACUAUGUGGGCUUCUCCGUGGUGUCUCUGCUCCUCGAGCUGAACUCCGCCUGCCUGCACCUAAGAAAGUUGCUGCUGCUUUCUCACCAGGCCCCAUCCUUGGCCUUCAGUGUGGCCAGCUGGGCCACCCUGGCCACCCUGGCCCUCUUCCGCCUGGCACCACUGGGGUGGAUGAGUCUGUGGUUGCUCCAGCAGCACCACCAGGUGCCUCCUGCUCUGGUUGUCCUUGGUGGCACCGGGCUGGCCACUGUGGGAGCCAUGAGCAUCUCACAGGGUGUUCGCAUUUUGAUCAAUGAUGUCCUGCGGCCUCGGCCUCAUUCAUCCAACCCUGGGCACAGGGAAACUAGGGUCACCAGGACAUGCAAUGGGGAGCCUGCCACCAAGGAUGGUUCCCCUCUCGGCCUGAAAGACUAGGGAGAAGCCUCGGGUUCUUCUUCUGCCACUCUUGCGGGAGCUCGGACCGGGACAAGGAGAUGAUGGUCUUCAAUGCACAGCCCCCCACUGGGGUAAGGACUGGGCUGGAUUUUCAGUAUCUCAGUUCCUCUUCCAGCAAGUUCAUACCCCUCCCCCACGCCUAGGAUCUGAGAAGCAAUGGUAAUGUUGGUGGGUGGCUGGGAGUCUGGGCUAACGUUCAUGUUCAUUGCAUUUCAUCAUCAGAUAACGUUCUUUGCAUUUCAUCAUCAGAUAAUUAGUCCUCUCCAGAAAACUAAUUCAAGAGGUACAGCCAGUGCUGCCAAUAAAGGGUGGCAGGACCCAUGAGACUGAACGUAACUGGCAAGGGGAACAGAAACCCUUUGCUUUAGCACAGGGACAGAUGAGGGAAGGUGAAGUCUCACCUAGGAGUAGAGAUCUGGUAUGGAGAGGGUAAGGCCAGAGGGAAGAGAGAUCUCACCUAUGACCAAAUUCUGGCAGUGGGAGGAGAACACCACGGGUGCUAUCUGUAGCCAGUAGUUAUAUAGACAUACCAGCUGCUAAGAGACCAAAGACCUGGGUCAUGGAGAUUGCUGCUGAUAUUUCUGGUUCUCAAAACCCCACUGUUGUGUUUGUACUUAACCUGAGUCCUACUGUGUCCAGCAUCUGCCUUUCCGAAAUUUAUUUUUAGAAUAUCUUGACCUUUUCGAAGAAAGGGCAUAUUCUUAGAGGAGUGAACAUGGGGCUAGGUCUCUCUUCUUAGGACAGAGCCGGAGUAGGGACUCAAACACCCAUUCUGGGUGCACAGCGUAGGGCAGUGGUUCUCAACCUUCCUAAUGCCACGACCCUUUAAUACAGUUCUUCAUGUUGUGGUGACCCCCGACCAUAAAAUUAUUUUUGUUGCUACUUUGUAACUAAU